GAUAUACCGAUAGGCCGCGUGUUACCAUCUGCAGUGAAUGGUCUUUUUCAAACACAGCCGCCAGCAGGUGUUGCAGUUAGCGUCGCGUUGCAUUAACUUUUUCGUCGGGCUGCGGAAAACUUAAAGUGAAAAUGUUUACGCCAAGACAAAAGGUCCACACCCAAGGUGUUGCCAACUCGCCACACACACCGCUCAGUUUUAGUCGUGAGCUACGUCAGGUUUUGCAAGAGCGAAACCUUCUGACGGCCAAGUCGCGUAAGAAAGUGUGCUCCAUGCUGGACAGCAGCUCCAGCAGUCCCAUUGGCUCACCCAAUCCGGAGGCAGGCAAACGCAUCGGCUUCCGUCUGCAGGCAGUUCAGGAGAUUAUCACGUCGGAGAAGUCCUACCUAGAGCAGCUGGAGCUGCUCAUGAAAUACUUUGUGCGUCCGCUCAAGGAGCAGGCCAUCAUCGAUGCCGCCAAUCACACGGCACUCUUUGGCCAAAUCGAGAUGAUUCACAAUUUGAAUGGCGAAUUCCUGCGCGAGCUGGAGGCCAACAUGGAGAAUGUGGCCCAUGCGUUUCUCAAGAUGGCUCCGUUCUUCAAGCUCUACUCGGUCUAUGCAUUCGACUACCGAGGUGCAUUGUUUAUACUGCAAGAUUUGAUCAGCAAGAACCCAGUUUUUCGUAAAUUUCUGGAGGAGAACGAGAGUCGUCCGGAAGUGCAGCGCAAGCUGAAUUCACUGAUGAUUGUGCCCAUACAGCGGGUGCCGCGCUACAAGCUGCUGCUGGAGCAGGUGCUGCUCUACACCAGUCCGGCCGACGCGGACUACAAGCUCCUGAAGGAAUCUGUCAAGGAGAUCGAGGCGACGGCCUCGCACAUUAACGCCUGCGUGGAGGAGCAGGAGAUCACCCAGUAUCUGAUUCAUCUACAGAAUUCCCUCGUCAAUCGCACGCCCAACAUUGUGAAGCCCUCGCGCCGCGUCAUUAAGGAGGGCAUGCUCUACAAGAUCACGCACAAGGGCCAGCCCAUCAAGCGCUACUGCGUGCUCAUGUCGGACAUCUUCAUGUACUGCAAGGUGAUCAAGGAGCGUGCGCCCAACACCCAGGUGGAGAACUCCCUCGAAUGCUGCUGCAUCUUUCCACUGAAGAAGUGCAAGGUCUACGAGAUGAUGCCAGGAAACUUCAAGCUGAGCUGCCAGAGCGACGGCAUCAUCUUCGGCUGCGACGACCUGCAGGUGUCGCGCACCUGGGUGGGCUUCAUACGGGAUGCCAUUGACUUGCAUGUGCAGUGCCGCAAGACCCUGCGCAAGGACUCCAGCAAACGCACGCCCAUCCGCAAGAAGGACAUGAAGAAAUUCGGCGCCGAUUAUGUACUGAGUCCCAACAAGCGCAAAUGCGAUUAUGAGACUAUUUUUCGCAACAAGAACCGCAGCACGGACUCCGAUGAGGAAGCCGCCAACGAAACACUAGGCAGUCGCAGCAUUUGCUUUCCCCGCAAGCGCAAGUAUCCACAGCAGAUGCCCCAGACGUCCACGUCCACUUUAAGCGUCAGUGUCAAGCGUCCGGCGCCACCGCCGCCCACCGUGGAGCUGCGGCGCAAGGAGGAGCCGCUGUCCGCCAGCAAGGAGAACCGUAUCUCCAAGCUGUACAAAAUGAUUGUCCCCGGCGACAAGGCAAACAAUCUGCGUGGCAUCCUGAAGCGCAGCAAACCGACCAACAACCCGCCGCUUGAUGCGGAUCCCAGUUACGGCUUCGCCAGUCGCUACUCCGAUUCCAAGUCAUACUUCCGAGCGCACAACGUGGACAACACCAUACCCACGGCCAUCAAGCGCGAGGAUCUGUUCGAUGUGGACCUUGGCAAUGGAAACUUUCGGGAUGUGCUCUUUCCACUGCGCUCCAGUGGAGGCAGCCAAAAAAGUGGCGGAGUCGGAGGCGGAGGUGGAGGUGGAGGCGGCGCCGGUUGGACCACACCUGAGCAGACUCUAAGAUCAGCCGAGGAGGACGCCUUGUACGCAGUUCCACAGAAGAAGCGAGUCAAGUUUGAUGAUGCGCUAGAUGCGUAUGAGCAGAAGCCAUUCGUGUUCCCCAGCAGUGGAAGCAAUGCGGAGGCUAUCAAAGCACCAUCGCUACGCGAGCGUAUUUAUGACUUUUUUGCCAAUCUCUUCUAGAAUAAGAAUAUAUUGUAAUUUAUCGCACCACUCAUUCACAUCCACAAUAAAAGCAUUUACUACAUCAGCA